AUGUCGUCCAUGAUCACAGCCUCGCAAUGGGUCCCUAGGGGCUUCGCUGCGCCCUUCCCCAAGAAGUACACACUCGACGAGGCCGAGUUUGAGCGGAUAGCGGAGCUCGCAAAGCUCCAGCUCGACGACGCCCAAGAAGACCUGGAGGAGGCGCAGGAGAGCGCUGCUAAAGAUGGUGCCAAGGAGAAGGAGGAGGAUGCAGACAUGAAGGAUGAUGACGAUAAGCCGGCCGAGAAGACAAAGAUUGACAUUAACGACGAUGACUUGAAGGAGUAUGACCUGGAACAUUAUGACGACGACGACGAAGAAGAAGAUAAGCCCGGCCAAGGCGAGGGCAUGAGCAUGUUUGGCAACAUCAAAUCGCUUGCCUACUACGAGUCGAAUAAGGAGGACCCUUACAUCACAAUCGACGCCGACAAGUUGGACGAGGAAGAGGACCGGGAAGACCUCCAGAUCCUGGCGACGGACAACCUGAUUGUGUCGGCCAAGGUGGAAGAUGAGAUGGCUCACCUCGAGGUCUACGUCUACGAGGAUGCCGCCGACAACCUCUACGUGCACCACGACAUCAUGCUCCCCGCCAUCCCGCUGUGCGUCGAGUGGUUUGACAUGCCCGUUAACAAGCCCGACGCGGAGAAGGAUGCGACGGGCAACUUUGUGGCGGUCGGUACCAUGGACCCGGAUAUCGAGAUCUGGGACCUUGAUACCAUCGACUGCAUGUACCCCAACGCCAUCCUCGGCCAGGGGGGCAACGCCGAGGAGGAGAAAAAGCUCAAGAAGAAGAAGAAGAAGUCCAAGAAGGCCAAUGACCAGUUCCACGUCGACGCGGUCCUCUCGCUGGCCGCCAACCGACAGCACCGUAACCUGCUGGCCUCUGCCUCGGCCGACAAGACGGUCAAGCUGUGGGAUCUCAACACCACAAAGUGCGCCAAGUCGUACACCUACCACACUGACAAGGUGUGCUCCCUGGCGUGGCACGCGACCGAGGCGACCGUUUUGCUGAGCGGUAGCUACGAUCGUACCGUGGUGGCGGCCGACAUGCGCGCGCCGGACGCAAAGGCACCCCGAUGGGGAGUCGAGAGCGACGUCGAGAACGUGCGGUGGGAUCCCCACGACCCCAACUUCUUCUUCGUCUCGACCGAGAACGGUGUCAUCCACUACCACGACAUCCGAAAUGCGCCGUCCGACCCGACGCACACCAAGGCGGUCUGGACGCUGCAGGCCCACGACGAGUCGGUCUCGUCGUUCGACAUCAACCCCGUGGUCCCCGGGUACAUGGCCACCGGCUCGACCGACAAGACGGUCAAGCUGUGGAACAUCCAGCCGACUGGGCCGUCGGUCGUGGUCUCGCGCAACCUCGACGUCGGAAAGGUCUUUUCCACCACGUUCGCUCCCGAUCCGGAGGUUGCGUUCCGUCUCGCCGUCGCCGGCAGCAAGGGCACAAUGCACGUGUGGGAUACCAGCACCAACGCGUCGGUGCGCAAGGCCUUUGCUCAGCGGGUGCCGGAGCAGAGCGGCAAGUCUGAGGACCGCCUAGUUGGUGUGAACAAGGACGAUGACAGCUCGAGCGACGAUGAGGGAGAUGAGAAGGAGGAUGAUGAUUCGAUGGAUGAGGAUUAA